AUGCCUAAAACUAGAACUCAUGAGAAGCUUGACUCGUUGAUAGAUAAACGUGGACACAGGCAUUCUUUGGCUAUAGAUAACGAAUACCACAGCUCCUCAUCUGAAGAAGACAAUUCCCGAAUCGAAUUAUCUGACACAGUCCCUAGUGAUUCUCAGUUAUUGGAUGAAUCCGUUCUGUCAGAGACCAGCAGUGUAAAAGAAAAUGGAGAAUUACGUUCUAGAAAAACCAAGAAACGCACGGCUACAGCUGAUUCAACAGUCACUUUGGAUGGUGUGAUCGGGGAUGUUUCUAAGAGAGAGAAGAUUAUGCUGAAAAGACAGAGACAACUAGAUAAGAAACAUAAAUCAGACCCAACCAAAUUUUUAUCUAGAUUCAAUGAUAUUUCAUUCAAAGAGAAAUCUGCUUCUAUUUUCGAAUCUGAUGAAUUUUACAACACCGACUAUUUUGGUUUUUACAUCUUAUUUUGGUUGUGUACCGCUUUUGUUGUCUUGAACUCUUUGGUUCAUGCAUAUCUUGAAAACACCGUUCCAUUUUAUCAAUGGACUGUGGUUAGAUUAUUGCGUAAAGAUAUAUUCAAAGUUGCUUUGGUUGACGCUCUCAUGUAUGCCACCAGUUUCUUAGCCUUUGAUUUGCAGUGGGCAUGUAAAAAUGGAUACGUGACUUGGAAGAGGUUUGGCUGGUAUGCUCAAGGGGUAUAUGAAUUUGUUUACUUGUUCUUUUGGAUUUGGCUUGCGCUGGAACGUUGUCUUAACUUCCCAUGGAUUGCUCGAAUUUUCUUGAUUUUGCAUAGUUUGGUGUUUGUCAUGAAGAUGCAUUCUUACGCUUAUUACAAUGGUUACCUUUGGGAAACUUACAAUGAAGGAUUGUUUGCUGAAGAAUAUCUCGAAAGAUUAACUGAAGGAGAGGCUGUAUUACCAAAGGGACACGAAAAAGACGAAACUAUCAAGGCUCUCAAAGAGAGUAUUGCAUUUACCAAAUAUGAAUUAGAAUUUCAAAGUCAUGCAACUACUAAGAAUGACACCCACCAUGAAUUUGACGUCAAGAGAGUUGAUAUUCCAUUCCACGAAUUACAAGAACAAGGCAUUAUUAAAUUUCCACAAAAUUUAACCCUUCAUAACUACUAUGAAUACAGUAUGUACCCAACAUUGGUUUAUACUAUAAAUUUCCCAAGAACUAAAAGAAUCAGAUGGAGAUACACCAUUGGAAAAAUCACUGGUAUUUUUGGUAUUUUCUUCUUGAUGAUUACUGUUGCCGAGAACAAUUUGCUUCCAGUUGUAUUAAGAUGUGCCCAGGCUAGAACUUUACCUACCCAUGAAAGAGUUAUUCAAUAUUUCUUGAUUUUGAUUGACAUGAUUCCACCAUUCUUCAUGGAAUAUAUGCUCACUUUCUUUAUUAUUUGGAAUGAGAUUUUGAAUGCUAUUGGUGAAUUGUCAAGAUAUGCUGAUCGUGACUUUUAUGGUCCUUGGUGGUCAUGUGUUGAUUUUUCAGAGUUUGCAAACCAAUGGAAUAUCGUGGUUCACAAGUUCCUUCUUAGACACGUUUACCAUUCCAGUAUCAGUGCAUUAAAUGUAAAUAAAGCACAAGCUGCCAUUAUUACUUUUGCAAUUUCUAGUGUGGUGCAUGAAUUAGCGAUGUAUGUCAUCUUUGGUAAAUUAAGAGGCUAUUUGUUGUUAUUCCAAAUGUCUCAAAUCCCAUUGAUUCUUAUGGCCAGAAGUAAAUUCAUGAAGGGAAGAAAAGUUAUUGGUAAUAUGAUCUGUUGGGUAGGAUUCAUCAGUGGUCCUAGUAUUAUAUGUACACUUUAUUUAGUUUUUUAG